UGAUAAUCGGACAUCACUACCCAAUCGGGCAUCCCGAAUCUCUUCUGCCUGAACAUUACAAACAAAACAAAAGCGGGGGUGGUGGUGAGUGUUGUUUCCGACCCGGCCAUCCGCUUUUCCAAUCAUUCCGUUUUCUACUGUGUCUAGGGUUUGCUUCAUUUCUGGUUUCUCCUUCGCUGGAAAUUCUGGUGCCUGAAUGAAAUGAAAUGUGAUGAGAUGGGUGGACUAUUUUUAGAUAAUCGAUAGAUAAAAGUAAGUAACUUAGUAAAUGGUAAAUCAGGGUUCAAUAUGACGGUUAUUGAUUGGAUUAGUUAUCCAUUAAUCAGGCCCGUGAAGCCGUGUCAUGGUUGCGGUGUACACUUUAUGCAGGAUACCAAUAAUUUACCUGAGCUAACGACUUAUUCUACUACUACUAGUUUUACUGUCUCGAAUAGUGCCGACCCGUGCGCUGUCCACCUCAAUUCCUCCUCCCAAACACGCACACGCACACGCUACUGGCUCCUUGUUCUGGGAUUACUCCUGCAGGUACAUGUACCGCUGGUUGCGGGGGAUGAUAACUCUAACUGUUCAUCCACUUCGACGAUAUCCUCUCAAUCUGAUGCGGACUCGCUCUCUUCGUGCGAUACCCUCUCCGGUACCCUGACUAUCUCCUCCUCUGCGACGGGCAGUAUCUCCCUAUCCAAUGUCGAGACUAUCAAUGGCGGCAUCACCAUCCAGGAUGUAUCUGGCUUGACGUCGUUCGCAGCAUCGGAUCUACAGAAAGUGAACGGGAAGAUAUAUAUUUCUGGAAAUGAUGACUUGACGAACUUGUCGUUUCCAGAUUUGGAAAAGGUCCCCGGGGAGAUUGAUAUUGAGGGGAACAAGGAGUUGAGGGAUAUUGUAUUCCCGGAUCUGAAGGAUGUCGAUGGGAGCUUGAUUUUAGAGGGGACUUUUAACGAGAUCAAAUUCGAGAAUCUCGAUAAGGUCAAAGGACAAACGGUAAUUAAUUCCCAUGGCGGGUCGUUUCGAUGCUCGAGUCUCAACUCUCUUCGUGAUGACGACGAUGACGACGAUAAUAAUACCCGCCGUCGCCGCGACAACAAUAACAACAAUAACGGCGCCUUUCAAGGUUCUUACACCUGCACCGACGGUUCCAGCAGCGGACUCAGUGCGGGCGCCAAAGCCGGUAUCGCCAUUGCCGUGAUUGUACUGGUCCUUCUCAUCCUUGUUGGUUUGUGGAUGAUGUAUCGGAAACAGCGGAAACGGCGCAGAAGACGGAAGGAUGAUCAGAGCCAAAUGAUGUAUACGCCUGUCGGGGUCGGCCUUCGGGGCGGCGGUGGUAGUAGUAAUCGAGACGAGGAGUCGGCAGCUGGUGAUGAGAAGCCUGUUACCGGAGUCCCGAAUCCCGCCGUACUCAGGCAGAAUAGCGACCCUGUUAUUGCGGCUAGUGCCAUUCCCCGGAAACCGAUAUCGCCGCCACCGCCAUCGAACGAGAUGAACAGGGAAUCUAUGGUCUCCAUGUCGACGUCUCCGCCCCUCCCUGCUGCGUUGGUCCCAGGAGAUCGCUCAUCUGCGUCGCCGCCAAAUGAUGCGGAUGGACGAUCCCUGUUCCUGCAUCCGAUCCCCCGGAGGCGACCGUCGGAGACGGAUGUGCCGUUGCUGGAUAGUGGUGACGUGCAUGAGGCGCCCGGAAGUCCAGUACAACGGCCAACGUUUGAGCUAGAUGCAGGGCCCGUGCGAGGAACGCAUCAGCAACCUAUUAACCAUGAGUAGCAUGCGCUGCAGUUUAUGAUUUGCAUAUCCAAUGUAUAUACCUGAGCGGUCAAUAGUCCAAAAAAGAUUCACGAAGAUAAGAAUAUCUAACUGUACAUUAAUU